AUGCGGCACCGGAUCGAAAUACCGCAACAAUGCGCAAAAGAAGACAUGCGAGAGCGAAUAGAAAGAGUGACAGCAGAUCUUCAGGACAUUGAGAAUUUUUACGAUAUCCAAAUCUCUGAAACCCGCCACGACAAACUCAAAAAGUAUUGUAACGACGAACUCAAAGAUUUGGAAAACGUUCACUUCAACCAUCUCGACCAGGGAGGCAGAGUCGAUUAUUUGUUACUGCGAAACUAUCUCAAGCGACAAAUCCACCAGCUUGAGCUUGAAAAAGUGAAGAAUGACGCGACUAGAGAACUUCUGGAGUUCACGAUUUCGAUAGUCAAAUUAUGCGAGGAUCGACAAAAAGCAACACCGAUUGAAGGGAAGAAUGUAGCCAUUGAAUUAGCGAGAGUAGGAACAGUAAUUGACAACGUCAAAGACCAACUGAAAGAUGAUGAUAGAAACAUCAGCAAACCUGAUGCAUUUUAUGCAGCAAAAACUGUUGAUCAGCUACGAGAACGGUUGGAAGAAUGGUAUAACUUCUACAACCUAUACGACCCGUUGUUCUCAUGGUGGGUGACCGCACCAUACGAGAAAGUUAAAUUUCAAUUAGCAACUCUGGCAUCAUUCAUCAGAGAGCAUCUAGUAGGCAUGAAACCUGGCGAUGAAGACACCAUAGUCGGGAAUCCAAUCGGCCGGAAAGGAUUGCUUGCGGACCUGGAAGCGGAGAUGGUACCUUAUACGCCCGAGGAGCUGAUUGAAAUCGGAGAAUCAGAGUACAUAUGGUGCGAAGCAGAAAUGAAGAAAGCUUCCAAUGAGCUCGGCUAUGGCGACGACUGGCGAGCAGCGCUCGAACACGUCAAGAACCUAUACGUCGAGCCAGGCCAACAAGUCCAACUAGUGCACCAACUCGCCCAGGAAGCAACAACUUACGUCCAGAAACAUGAUUUAGUAACCGUCCCACCAAUCUGUUCGGAUCUCUGGCGAACAUUCAUGAUGACACCCGCCCGCCAAAAGAUCAACCCCUUUUUCCUAGGCGGCACCUCAAUAAUCAUCUCCUACCCUACAUCUACCAUGGACCACGCAUCAAAACUAAUGAUCAUGCGCGGGAACAACAUCCAUUUCUCGCGCUCGACCGUCUUCCACGAGCUCAUUCCGGGCCACCACCUCCAAUUCCACAUGAAAGCGCGGCACAAGCCGUACCGAAACAUUUUCAGCACGCCAUUCUGGAUCGAAGGCUGGAGUUUAUACUGGGAGAUGAUAUUAUGGGAUAAAGGCUUCCCCGUCACAGCCGAGAACAAGAUCGGGAUGUUAUUCUGGCGAAUGCAUCGAUGCGCGCGGAUUAUAUUCUCGAUUAAAUUCCAUCUGGGGCAGAUGAGUCCGGUGGAAUGUAUUGAUUUCCUGGUCGAAAAAGUAGGACAUGAACGGUUUACUGCCGAGGGCGAGGUGCGGCGGUCGUUUAAUGGUGAUUAUAGCCCGUUGUAUCAGGCAGGAUACAUGCUUGGAGCUUUACAGUUGUAUGAGCUGCGAAAGGAAGUAGUGGAUUCAGGAGGCAUGACCGAAAAACAAUUUCACGACAGGGUUUUGAAAGAGAAUGAGAUGCCUAUCGAGUUGUUUCGAGCUCUUAUCAAGGACCUUCCACUGAGACCGGAUUAUGAGUCUUGUUGGAAGUUUUAUAGCUUCCAUUGA